UGGUCAGCUGUUGACCUGCUUAGGGACUGACUUCCACCAUGGAGCUGGAGUCCUUGAUGUCUUCUAUGAAACGCCCUCCCUUCUCCUUUCUUGUGGGUAUGACACCUACAUCCGCUACUGGGACAUACGGACCAGCACCAGGAAGUGUGUCCAGGAGUGGGAGGAGCCCCAUGACAGCGCCCUGUACUGCAUAAGGAGUGAUAAGAACCAUAUGAUUGCCAGCGGCUCUUCUUACUACGGCGUGGUGCGCCUGUGGGAUAAGCGGCAGACUCGGUGCCUGCAGAGCUUUCACCUGUCUUCACCCACCAGCAGCCCAGUGUACUGCCUCCGUUUCAGUACCACCCAUCUGUACGCUGCCCUGGCAUCUGCCCUGCACGUCCUAGACUUCACAGCCCCGUGAAGGGCACCACAGCUGCUUCUGGUCACCCCAGCUCAGCAGAGUUGACACUUGGCUCAGGGAACUGCAGGGCAGGAGAGGCGAGAAUGGCCCCCAAGGCUUCUGAAGGGAUUUUUUUUGCCUGCCAGAAAGCUACAAUGAAGAGUGCACAAAGGGCCAGGCUUUCUCAACCUCUCACCUGCCUGGUAGUGGAAAAAAGGCCAAUUGUCCUUUGCCCUUUUUAUUUCAUACAAGUCAGAGUUUGUUUUAUUAAAUGUGUUCUUUUUCCUUUUUUUUUUUUCUUU